AUGGCUGCGCGAAGUCGCUGGGUGACUGGGAACCUCUCGUAUCGAGAUCGGAGCUUCCGCGUUCUCGUCUCGCCAACUCCAGUGACCUUUGCAGAACGCAGGUCCAUCCUACAAGUGCUGGAACAACAUGGCCCAAUUGAAGUGUUCAAGAGGACACCUGACUACCACGCCAACUUCAUAUCUGUCGCGAAAACCCCCGAGACGGCCAGUAAACUCCUCGCAGCAAGCCCGAUGACGUACACGUUGGAACAAGGAGACAGCCCCGAUCUCUCGUUCUCCGACCUGGCCCAGCCCCGGCGUCUCGACGGAACGAAACCAACAAUCAAUGCGAGCAGAAGCGGUGUCAACCAAGCUGUAACCAGCGAGGAACGGAGGACCUUCCAGAUAAACAUCUAUGCCGAACGCGACUACAACCACGCCGGAACCUUUGCGAACACGCAACUGCACCAGUCUUGGCCGAAAAACCUGGCCCAGGGGGAGACAUUCAUGUCCAGCACUCUGGCGCAGUCCCUCCCCAACAAUGUAGCAAAGGCGGGAUUAUCGAGAUGGGAUGGCGACGCUGAUACUCGAACCCCCAUCCCGAAAAUCACGUCCCGUCGCACAACGUCUAAUUGGGUCCCGAGAAAAAUUCAACAUGCCGCGGAAGAAAUAAACGCACAAAGGCAGUUGAAAGCGAAAUUAUCUGGUGGUGCGAGACGGGCCACACGGUCAUCAUCGCCUACUGGAAAUACACCCGACAAGGGCAACGAAAGUCCCGGUGGACCUCGGAGCCUCCCAACUACCCAUCAGUCUGCCCACCUUGAUACAUGA